AUGUUGUUCCCUGUUAUUGAUUCAAUUGAUUUGGAGUUGCUUGAGAAGGAUGUUGAUAUGGCUGAGAUUAAGCGAAGUUUGUUUGGGAUUGGAGGUUUGAAAACUCUUGGUGUAGAUGGGUUUCCAGCUUGUUUCUAUCAAGCUCAAUGGAAUAAUUGUGCUGAUGAUAUUUUUGCAUUGGUGACUCUUUUCAGAAGUGCAGACACUUUAAUAACUUUGGUGCCUAAAGUGCAAAGCCCCCAGUCUAUGGUUCAGUUUAGGCCUAUAAGCUUAUGCUCUACUCUGUACAAGUCUGGCCCUGCGAUCUCCCACCUUUUUUUUUAUGAUGAUCUAGUGUUGUUUGCGGAGGCUAGCGCUAACCAAGCUAAAAUUAUGAAGAGUUGUCUGGAUUUGUUUUGCUCUGCUUCUGGACAAAUAGUCCAUUUUGAAAAGUUUGCUAUCUUUUGCUCUCCUAACACUUGUAAUGAGGUUGCUAAGGAGAUAAGUUUGAUUUGUGUCUCUCCUUUCACUAAUGACCUUGGUAAGUAUCUAGGAAUGCCUCUUUUGCAUUCUAGAAUCGGAAAGCGCACUUAUAGUUCAUUAGUUGAUAAGGUGCGUAAUCGACUGGCAGCUUGGAAGAGUAAGCUCCUAUCAUUAGCUAGAAGAGCUACUUUAAUUCAAGCGGUUACAGAUUCUAUCCCUGUUUAUGCUAUGCAAACUACUAAACUUCCUGUUAGUGUCUGUAAUGAUUUAGAUCGGCUCAACCGUAAUUUUUUCUGGGGCAGCAAUGAGAAGAAUAUAAGAUCCAUCUUUGUCAAUGGGAUUUGGCUUGUAGGCCUAAAGGCUCUGCUUGCAAAGAUUGGGUGGAGAUUGCAUUCUAAGGACAAUGGUUUAUGGGCAAAAAUUUAUGAGGCUAAGUAUCUUAAAGGGGCUUCUAUUUGUGAUAAUUCUCUUGGGAGCAAGGCAGGUCGGGGAGAUAGUGUAAAAUUCUGGGAGGAUAAUUGGGUUAUUGAUGUCCCUUUAAGGCAACAGGCUGGAGUUCUCACCAUCCAUGAUAGCAAUUGUUUUGUUUCAAGUUUUUCUAAGAAUGGCUGGUGGGAUAUUGAUAAGUUGAGAGGUGUUCUUUGUGAAGACCUCAUUCAACAAGUCAUUAGUGUUCCUAUGGGGUUUUUGGGCUCUUUACCUGAUACUCAGAUUUGGAAGGGUAGUGCUAAUGGCAACUUUUAUUUGACGUCUGACCCUUCAUGCGGCUUUUGUUCUUGGCCUACUAAAACUGUUCUUCACAUUCUUCGUGAUUGUGAGCGAGCUCGAUCUACGUGGAAUGCUAUUCUCCCUGCCUAUGCUCAUCAUUUUUUCCAUUUAGAUGCUCAGCCUUGGAUGAAGGUCAACGUGCUCUCUAGGGAGAAAUGGAAUGGUGAUGUUCCUUGGAGUACUGUUUUUGUGUUUACUUGUUGGCAUCUAUGGUCUUGGAGAAAUAAGCAUGUUUUUCAGAAUGAGGAUACAGUCCUCUUUAGUCCAAGACAAGUUAUUUGUGGGGUUACCCAAGAGUGGAUUAAUUCAACUUCUAAUCGUACUGUAAAGGUAAAUAAAGUUCAAAUUCAUGUUGCCUGGGAGCCUCCUGGGCCUGGACAGUUCAAACUAAAUGUGGAUGGUUCAAGGAGAAGCGUUACUGGCUACAUUAGUGCUGGGGGAGUCAUUCGUGACCCUUUUGGUGGCUGGGUAAGUGGUUUUGCUAUUAAUCUGGGAAAAGGUCAAGUUCUUGAGGCUGAGAUAUGGGGUCUUUCUUUGCAGGUUCCCAGGUGUGCCCUUCAACAUGUUUUUCUUGAGAAGAAUAUUGUUGCUGACCGGUUGGCUAAUUGGAGUUAUCAAGUGGAUCUUGGGCUGUGCGUGUUUGAGCAGGCUCCUAGUUGGUUAAGUGAUUAUCUUGUUGAUGAUCUGCUUGGAAUUGUUCAUUCUAGAUUGGUCUGUUUAGACCAGGUUGUGUAG